AACAGCAAAAUCGGUGCCCAAUUUUAGCAGCGGCAUUCCUCCACCUCCACGGAGGCGAUCGGAGGAGCACGCGACAGAAAUAGGCGGGCGGCUGCAGAGAGAUUGGCGGAGGAGUUGAGGGAGGGAGGGUUACAUGAGACAAGGCCGGAGGCGGAGGAGGCGAGGGGCGGGGGAGGGGUUAAAUGAGCCAGCGAGACCGGAGGCGGAGGAGCGGGCGGUGUAGAGGAGGCGGAGGAAGCGGAGCGCGCGGGGGCUUUCCGCCUUGGUCUUCGUCUUCUCCUUUCGCCUCUUCGUCUUCUCCUUCUUCCUCCUCCCUAAGGUGACUUCGCUGCCCUUGUUCUUGGGCACCCAAUUACAUUCAGAUCUGGACAUUUUCCACACCCCCAGCAAGAUAUAGUAUUUGGAGCACUCUCCUAUGCUUCCAAGAGACUCACUCAUUUCUUUCUUUGUCAUAGACGCAAGGCCUUCUCAUGGCCAGAGACUUACCCCAUCCGCCAGUAACCAGACGAAAAAUUCUGCCUUUCAAGUUCCUGAUAACAUUUGUUCUGAUUCUUUCUGUGUCUGUUAUUGCUGUAACCCAGUACUUCCAAAAUAUCUCCUACCUUCUGCGCCCGCUGUGGGACACACCACCUACACCAUUCACCCGCAUUCCACACUACUAUGCUCCCAAUAUCUCCAUGCCCCAGCUGUGCCAGCUCCAUGGCUGGGGCAUCCUUCCCUCCCCACGGCGUGUGUUUGAUGCCGUCCUCUUCAGUAAUGAACUUGACAUUCUGGAAAUCCGUUACCGUGAGCUCCUUCCAUAUGUUGAUCGGUUUGUCAUCCUUGAGGCCAAUGCCACCUUCACUGGUAUCCCCAAGUCACUCUCCUUUUAUGAAAACAUCGGCCGUUUUGCAUUUGCUGGAUCAAAGAUAGUCUAUGACAUGCUUUCUGUUGGAGAACUGGAUACUCAUCAUCUUAGGCAGCCCUUUAAUGUCGAGGCCUAUCAUCGCCGUUCACUUAACAUGUUGAUACGAAGAUCAGGUAUUGCUGCGGGUGAUGUGCUGAUCAUGGCUGAUGCUGAUGAGAUCCCCAGCCCCGAGACUGUGCAGUUGCUCAAGUGGUGUGAUGGAAUACCACCAGUCAUGCACCUUGAGAUGAAGAACUAUAUGUACUCCUUUGAAUUUCCUGUGGACGACAACAGCUGGAGAGCAUCGGCACAUGUGUUCACUGAGCGUACAUUAUAUCGCCACUCCCGUCAGAGCAACCUAAUUCUGGCAGAUUCGGGUUGGCACUGCAGUUUCUGCUUCAGGGACAUCAAGGAGUUUAUUUUCAAGAUGAAGGCGUACAGCCAUGCAGACAGAGUGAAACAGCAAAGCUUCCUAAAUCCAGACAGAAUUCAGAAGAUCAUAUGCAAUGGGGAGGACCUGUUUGACAUGCUACCUGAAGAGUAUACAUUCAGAGACCUCUUCAAGAAGAUGGGACCGAUACCGAAGUCAGCAUCUGCCGUGCAUCUGCCUUCCUAUUUGAUCAAGAAUGCAGACAAGUUCAAAUUCUUACUACCUGGUGGAUGCUUGAGAUCAAAGUAGAUCAGAUGUUAGCAUUGUUAGUCAACAGUAUAUCUUUUAGCUUCAAUACUGUUGUUCAUGUGGAAACAGGUGUUUUUGUUUAAUAUGAAAUAGUGUUACUUUUACUCUUUUAGAUAGGGUGCUAGGAGCUAUUUUGGUGUGUAUUUGAGGAACUAUGGGAAUUUCAACUUGUGUAUGUAGUGAUGGGCUUUUCAUCCCUGAAUUUACAGCAAGUACAUACAAGUAAAAUCGCUAUACAGGAAAUUGGUACAUUU